GCCCCCAAGUGGCCACACCCUGUGCUGCUUCCUGUCCUGCGGGCACUGAGGUUCCUCCAUCUGCAGAGCCAGAUUCAAAGUCAAGUGACACCAUGACCCCCACCCUCACGGCCCUGCUCCUCCUCGGGCUGAGUGUGGGCCCCAGGACCCGAGCACAGGCAGGGACCCUUCCCAAACCCACCAUCUGGGCUGAGCCAGGCCCGGUGGUCCCCUGGGGGACACCUGUGACCAUCUGGUGUCAGGGGACCAUAGAGGCCCAGCAGUUCUCUCUGGAUAAAGAGGGACAAUCAGUGACCUGGGACAGACAGAAGCCACUGGAGCCUGGGGACAAGACCAAGUUCUCCAUUACACAAAUGACAAAUGUGUAUGCAGGACAGUAUCGCUGUCACUAUCUAAGUCCCUCUGGCUCGUCAGAGAGCAGUGACCCCCUGGAGCUGGUGGUGACAGGAUCCUAUGGCAAACCCAGUCUCUCAGCCCUGCCCAGCCCCAUCGUGACCUCAGGAGUGAAUGUGACCCUCCAGUGUGCCUCAUGGGAGAAAUUCGACAGGUUCGUCCUGAUGAAGGAAGGAGAACCCAGGCCCUCCUCGACCCUGGACUCCCAGCGACCCACCCAUGGGCAGUUCCAGGCCCUGUUCCCUGUGGGCCCCGUGACCCCCGGGCUCAGGUGGACGUUCAGAUGCUAUGGCUAUUACAACAACUCCCCCCAGGUGUGGUCACAGCCCAGUGACGCCCUGGACCUCCUGGUAUCAGGUGUGUCCAGGAAGCCCUCCCUCCUGACCACGCAGGGCCCUGUGGUGUCCCCUGGACAGAGCCUGACCCUCCAGUGUCGCUCAGAUGUCGGCUAUGACAGGUUCGCUCUGCACAAGGAGGGCUCACGUGACACCCCCCAGCCCCAAGGCCGGCAGCCCCAGGCUGGGCUCUCUGGGGCCGACUUCCCGCUGGGCCCAGUGAGCAGAUCCCAAAGGGGCCGGUACACCUGCUAUGGUGGACACAACCUCUCCUCCGAGUGGUCGGCCCCCAGUGACCCCCUGGACAUCCUGGUCACAGGACAGCUGUCCUCCACGCCCUCCCUCUCGGUGCAGCCGGGACCCACGGUGGCCUCAGGACAGAACGUGACCCUGCUGUGUCAGUACAGGAGCCGUGUGGACACUUUCCUUCUGUCCAAGGAGGGGGCAGCCGACCCCCCCCUGCGUCGUAGAUCAGAGAACAAAGAUAAGAAGUACCAGGCAGAAUUCUCCAUGAGUCCUGUGACCUCAGCCCAGGGGGGGACCUACAGGUGCUACGGCUCAUAUAGCGCCUUCCCCUACCUGCUGUCACACCCCAGUGAGCCCCUGGAGCUGCUGGUCUCAGUAGCAACUGACAAUAUCAGCCCACCCAAAAACAAGUCAGACCCCAACAGUGCCUCCAACUCCAAAGAUUACACGAUAGAAAAUCUCAUCCGCAUGGGUGUGGCAGGCUUGAUCCUGCUGGUCCUGGGGAUUCUGCUAUUUCAGGCUGGCCACAGCUUCAGAAACCCCAGAUGCAACCAGGAGAUAAACACAAUGAGGAAAUGGAGGAAAACCACAAUCCUGCAUGGCAGAGUUCUGAGGAUGAACCUAAUGGUGCAGGGAGUUCUGGAAGAAAAUCUGCCGCUCUGCCAGCAGAACUGUCUACUGAGAAAGUGUCUGACCAUCUCCCUGGCCAGGACUCUUCCUCCAUGAACUGUAGUACUUUCCUUCCUACCAUUGAUGGAUUCCCUUCACUGACCCCUGUCUUUCUUCAUCCCUGUGACACGAGGGUGCAUUUCACACACUGGUUUGGGUUCAUACCUUCCUACAGUGUCAUGUUUAUACCUUUCUACAAUGUCACGUUCUGGCCCACUUUACUGGGAUAUAUUUUCCUUUAUUUUCAGUUUUCACAUUCCCUAGUGUGUGCUGUCUACCUCCAUCCCUUCAGCCCCAAACACAAUAUCUGUUUUAAUAAGUGAAUAAAUGGAUGAAAAUCAGCUCCACUUUGUGAGAGAUAAACCCAGAACUAUUCCCUUAA